AUGCCACGACAGCCACUUUUGGAACAGGUGGUAAAUGUUACAGCGCAAGCCGCCAUUGAUCGAGAAAGCAACACGGGUUUCUCCAUCACACUUAGCAAAAUCAUGCCAUAUGACGACGAUGAUUUCAGAGUAUAUCUAGGACGUCCAUGGAGGAGCUAUGUUAGAGUCAUUGUUAUGCAUACCGAGUUGAGUAAAUUAGUUGACCCUAGGGAUUGGCUGGCUUGGAACAGCUCAACGGAUCCUCCUCCUCCAACGGUAACAUUGGGAGAAUACCAAAACUAUGGACCGGGUUCUGACGUGACUAAGAGGGUCAAUUGGAUUGGGUAUACUCCGAUAAUGACAGACGAGGAGGCGAAGAAGUUUACUAUUGAUGAGUUUCUGAACCAAAAAGGUUGGUUACAACAAACUUGUGUGCCUUACAACGGUUCGAUGUAG